CGCACUCGGCAACCGGAGACCCGAGCGGGCAGAGGCGUCCCUGCUCUCGCCCCGCGUACUCACCAUGGAGAUGCAUUUCAUCUUCUCAGACAAGGUGGUGCUUCUGUUUGAUUUCUGGAGUGUCCACAGUCCUGCAGGCAUGGCUCUUUCGGUGUUGGUGGUCCUGCUCCUUGCUGUGUUAUAUGAAGGCAUCAAGGUUGGCAAAGCCAAGCUGCUCCAGCAGGUGCUGGUGAGCCUGCCCAUCUCUAUCAGCCAGCAGGUCAUCACGGAGACAGAAUGGGAUGCUGCAGGCUCCGAGUCUCCCCCCAUCAGCAGAACCCACCACAGAUGGUAUUUGUGUCACAUUGGGCAGUCUCUAAUCCACGUCAUCCAAGUGGUCAUCGGCUACUUCAUAAUGCUGGCUGUCAUGUCCUACAACACCUGGAUUUUCUUUGGUGUGGUCCUGGGCUCUGCUAUGGGCUACUACCUAGCAUACCCGCUUCUCAGGAUGGUUUAGCUGGUGAGGGAUCUGCAGGCACCAAGGCUGGGACUCCUUGUUCCAGACAUUGUACUUCCAGCUGCUUUUUCUUCUGAUGUCUGUUUCUUACCUUGUUCCUAGCCCCUGGAAACUCUGGGCUGAAGCCUGCAGCACUUGCUUCCUGGAGUCCAGAGACCAUUGCGUGACCUCACCCCUCAACAGAUCUGCACAAGGCCCAGGCCCAGUUUUGUGCCUUAAGAAGGCUGCUAUGACCAAAAGGGAGAAUGGAGGGGGACCAAAACCAGGGGACAGGGUUGCUGAGCCCAUGACAACAUCUCUCAAAACUUGAGAAUUUCCAAAGAUCUUCAAGAUAGGGAGAUGGAUUCUGAGUGAUGAAGGGCAUGGAACCUAGACAUCCCCUAACUCUCCUGCUUUGUGCCUUAUCUAUAGGAGCAACUUCCAUUGGACUUCCUGACCUUUUCUGUCUUUGUGGGGACAGAAACUGAGUUAGCUCCUUUUUCUCACCUUUCUGCCUUUGGAAUACAUGAAGAUGGUCUUUUUUAUGGAUCAUGUUAACAAACUAAGACUUAAAAAAUUUUUCCCAUUGAAUUUCUGGUUGGCAAUUUUGCACACUGAUAUAAACAAAAUUUUUAAUGAAAUGAUUUAGUUUUAUUAGUUUCCUGUGAAAGGGAAGAAUAAGUGACAGCUCGUUAAAGGCAGAGACACUGGACUAUUAUCCUGACUCUUGGCUUAUCUUCUGGUUAGACAGCGCUUCCCAGCAGACAGCACUGCCAGAGGGGAGGAAGGUCAUAGCCUUGGGUGUCUGGGAAGUUCUUCAGGGCCUCAGUGCUUUCUCUUACCAUGAUCUUUCAUUGCAGAACAGAAAACUGCAUUUUAAAAUAUUCAAACUUGGGUGGCACCUGUCGC